UCAGUUCUGCCAGGCACUUGCCCAGCUCAAGGCAUAGAGAAGUGAAAGCUUAUAGCCUCAUGCUUGCAUCAAAAUAUGCAUAAUCAGACAAGUAUUGUGACACGAACCCACUUCAUGUAGUGCAUGUCUUCAAAGGGUGAUGGAAAGAGAGAAGAGUAGCAGAGACUGCCCAUGGGAAGCCCUGGGGGACAGGCUCUACAGAGGACUUGUCACUUUCAAGAAGAAAAGAAAAAGGUUUGCCUGAUGAGUAAGGCAAGUAAGGCGGGCAAACAAUUCAGGCAGAGGGGCCAAUAUAUACAAAGUGGGGAAAGAAAGAAACGGAUCUAGUCUAAGCGACUGCUCAUCUGCUCAUAGCUCAGUCCAGCAUCAGUAGAGGUGUCAGCUUUAAAGGACGGACGAUGGUCAUGCCCAACAAGGACAUAUAACCAGGGACUGAUGAAGCCAAACCCCUUGGAGACAUUUGAGUAAGAACUGGGUUGUUUUAUUGCUUUGUUUUAAUUAAUUUGAAAAUCAUCGAUACUGUGCAAAUGGCAACUGACUCAUCAAAGAGAAAAAUUUGAAGGACGUAGUGGCAACUCUGGGCCAGAACUCCAGGAUGGCUGCAGUAACCCAGAGCCGAACACAGCUGGCAGCCAUUUUAAAGGCAAGAAGGACACCUAAACCAAAUGUCCAUUAGACCUUUCCCCGGAAGUGCGCCACACCACAGGCCCCGCCUCCGGUCCCGCCCCCGACCCGCCGCAUCUCGCGGGAUCUCACGAGUACGCCUGUGUCAAGUGCAGUCAUGGAAGCUGAGGAGGCGGAUGUGGAUGUGGAGGGAGAUGUGGCGGCGGCAGCACAGCCGGGAAAUGAUGGAAAUACAGCAUCAGUUUUUCAAGAUCACUAUCUUGAUUCAACAUGGAGAAGGGAGAAUGGCUGUCUUCCUUGGACUCUGGAUAGCACCAUCAGUGACGAAAACAGAGCUGUCAUUGAGAAAAUGCUGUUGGAAGAAGAGUAUUAUUUAUCUAAUAAAUCACUUCCAGGAAAAUUCUGGGUUAAUCAAAAGGAAAAUGAUAAAAAAUGCACGAACAGCCUACAGAAAACAGGAAAGAUCAUGGUACGUUCUCCUGCAAAACCAUCCAGUUAUUCAGUAAAGUGGACGAUAGAAGAGAAAAAACUGUUUGAACAAGGACUGGCUAAAUUUGGCCGAAGAUGGACCAAAAUCGCAGCACUAGUUAAAAGUCGCACAGUUUUACAAGUGAAGAGUUAUGCCAGACAAUACUUCAGAAAUAAGGUAAAGUGGGGUGCGGAGAAAGAAACACCAACUUUGAAGAGCAACAGUGAUCUUCAGGUUAAAAAUAAAGAUGAAAGGACAAAGGUGUGGGUCGCAUCAGAUCCCAACCUUAAUGCUGUAAAAAUAGAGAAGUUGUCUGAUGAUGAAGAUGUAGACAUCACCGAUGAGCUGGAUGAGUUGACUUCUCAAACAUCACAAAAGAAUUAUGGCGGCCAUCUUACUUUAGAUGUUCCUAGUAGUAAAAUGUAUAAGACCAACCAAGGAGAAUUAUGCCAAGAAGGUUCAUUAGCUAAAUCUGCAGAAGAAAAUCUUCAGAAUGUGAAGCAAAGUGAAGCAGAAGCAUGUUCAAGCUCAGAAAUUAUGUCAUGGGCUGAAAAACAAAAUAAUAAUGGCAAAAACUCAGUUGAAUUAAAUGAGAAAUACAGUAAACUGGUUGAGGAAUACACUAUGCUAACAGAGGAAACCAAGCACUCACCUUCUCCAGAGCCCUGUGAGGGUCAGAAGGACCCACGUGGAAAUGAACUGCUUUUGCCUCCUUGCCAAGUGGAGGAGGAAAACCAUGAAGGAGAAGAGCUUAAGCCACCGGAACAAGAAGUAGAAAUAGAUAGAAAUGUCAUUCAAGAAGAAGAAAAGCAAGCAAUUCCUGAGUUUUUUGAGGGGCGUCAAACUAAAACACCAGAACGCUAUUUGAAAAUUAGAAACUACAUUUUGGAUCAGUGGGAAAUAUGCAAACCGAAAUACUUAAAUAAGACCUCAGUACGUCCUGGCCUGAAGAACUGUGGGGAUGUUAAUUGUAUUGGACGGAUUCAUACAUACCUCGAGUUGAUAGGAGCAAUCAAUUUUGGAUGUGAGCAGGCCAUAUACAACAGGCCACAACCAGUUGAUAAAGUCCGAGUGACCGACAGAAAAGAUGCAGAAGCAGCAUACCAGCUUGCCUGGCGCCUGCAGUCCAUGAGAACAAGGAGACGUAGGGUCCGAGAUCCAUGGGGAAACUGGUGUGAUGCAAAAGACUUAGAAGGGCAAACAUUUGAGCAUCUAUCUGUGGAGGAGUUGGCAAGAAGAGAAGAGGAGGAAAAGUGCAAACCUAUUAAAUUUUCAAAAGCUUCAAAACUUCCCAAAAGCUCACUUGAUCCCUUCCAACUGAUACCUUGUCAUUUUUUCAGUGGAGAAAAGCAGGAGCCAUUUCAGGUGAAAGUAGCUUCAGAAGCACUUUUAAUAAUGGAUCUGCAUGCCCACGUGUCUAUGGCAGAGGUGAUUGGGCUUUUAGGAGGAAGAUACUCAGAAGCUGAUAAGGUCCUUGAAGUCUGUGCAGCAGAGCCGUGUAACAGUCUGAGUACAGGACUUCAGUGUGAGAUGGACCCUGUCUCACAGACACAGGCCUCAGAAACCUUGGCUCUCAGAGGCUGCAGUGUUAUUGGGUGGUACCAUUCUCAUCCUGCGUUUGAUCCUAAUCCGUCUUUACGCGAUAUUGACACACAAGCCAAAUACCAGAGUUAUUUCUCCAGAGGAGGAGCAAAGUUCAUUGGAAUGAUUGUUAGUCCAUAUAAUCGAAGUAAUCCUUUACCAUAUUCCCAGAUUACCUGCUUGGUUAUAAGUGAAGAACUUAGCCCUGAUGGUACCUAUCGUUUACCUUACAAAUUUGAAGUACAACAGAUGUUAGAAGAACCUCAGUGGGAAUUAGUGUUUGAGAAGACAAGAUGGAUAAUCGAAAAAUACAGGCUCUCUCAUAGCAGCGUCCCCAUGGAUAGAAUAUUUCGCCGUGAUUCUGACCUAACUUGUCUGCAGAAACUUUUGGAGUGUCUAAGGAAAACACUAAGCAAAGUAGCCAAUUGUUUCAUCGCUGAGGAAUUCUUGACUCAAGUUGAAAAUUUGUUCCUUUCCAAUUACAAAAGCAAGGAAGAAAAUGGACUGGCAGAAGAAAACAGUGCAAAGGAAUUGUUCAUGUAAUUAUUUUAAAGUAAGAUGUUCUAAUCUUGGCAUGCUAUUGUAAAUAAUUGAGAUUUUUAAAGCAAUAUAAAUUAUGUAUUUUUUUCUGUUAAUCCAUAAAACUCUAAACUUUCCCACAUAAAUAAUGUGUGAAGGAAGAGAGAUUGGCUUGUUCUUAGAGUAGUAAUCAAGAGUGGUAGGUAGACCCCUGCCUAUAUUAAGCGGCGCAGUGGGCCAUGAUGGCUUGAGCUCUGGCCAGCUUUACGGUGUGCAGCUUGAUAAGUAGACUAUGGCUAAACUUGGCUUCUUCUCCGAAGGAGUCUGUUUCUUACAUUGGCAUCUUAUCUCAGACAUACUUUCUCCCCACAUGUUCCCCACAUGAGGGGUGUGUGUGUGUGUGUGUGUGUGUGUGUGUGUGUGUGAGAGAGAGAGAGAGAGAGAGAGAGAGAGAGAGAGAGAGAGAGAGAGAGAGGUGGGGGGAGGGAGAUUUGGCUAUUUGGGUGUUGCAGCCUAGGUGUGGAACAGGUUAAUGUGGUUGAGAACUACUGACUAAUAAUCGGACAACAUGCUCUGAAGUGCCAGCACUGCAAAGGGGGAAUACCCUUAGAAAUGUUCAGACAGGGAGACCAAAAGGAAGAAGGACCAACCUUCAGUCUGCUGCAUCUGCUUCAGUCUUAUUGUGAACCACUAUACUGUACCAUAGUCAGCCUCCUCAGGGAUUUAAAUGUUUAAAUGAAAAGUAACCUUUUUUCAUGUACAAUUCAAAUCGUUCAUGUACUAUUAGUGAAUAUUUCUGCUAGCUGGAGAACUGGUGGUUCCCCUUGUCCACGCCUUCCUAUUGGUGACAGUUUUGUUAUAUGGAAACUAAAUGUGAGCUUAGAGUUUUCUCUUUUGCUGCUGUUGUAGUUACAGCCACAGAAGGAGGUAGCCCUGGAUGGAGCGGCUGCUGUCUUAGGUGGCCUGAGUCUGAUUUGGGCUGUGUGAUUUUUAGAAAUGGACUUUGCUUUCUCUAGGCCAAGUUUGUUUUAUGCAGCUGAGGCUAAUCCCACCCUGAGUGUUGCUCUAGCUCUGGUUUAUCUGCUGACUUGUUGGGCUACACCUUUGGAACUUCACUUUCAGAUUGUGUGGGCCCCAAAUUAACAUGUAGUUUACAAGAAAGCCAGCAGUUUCUCCAUUUCCCUCUGUACAUUUAGUACAAACAAUGAAACAUACUUUGUAAAAGUCCUCUUGAAGUCUAGAAGUAUAAAACUCAGAGCAAAUAAUCAGGAGUCCUGAGCUCUCACCUAAUCUGCUCAGCUCUGGUACCUGACCUUGCUCCACCCUCAGCUCCCUAAACUCAGCAGCUGAGACCCAAUGAGCUAAAUUCUGUCACUUGGUGUCUCUGCAAGCCCAGAAGGCUACAAAAGUCAGUAGCAGCUUUCCUUCCCUUCACCUGUCUGCUCACAGGUGCUGGAACAGACCUGAAAGGGAUGGUAGUUAACUUUCUUGCUGUUUUCCAGAAUGAUGUUGAAUUUUAAAAAGUUCUUUCUUAAAUUUGGGCUUUACACACACCAAUGGUUAACUGUAUUCACUGAGCUAUACAUUGCAAGAACUCAAGGGAUAGCAGUAGUCAGAGUGUAGGGCCUUGAGAACAGAACUUUUUAAGCAACUAUUAAGAAAAAAACAACUAUCUUCUGACUAUAGAAUAUAUUUGUAAUUUAUCUUAUGGAAUAUUUAAAUACAGAGAAAUAUAUGCAAAGUAUAGAUAUCUCAAAUCUACUGUUGAGAAAAUAUUUUACAUAGGAAUUAAAUUCUUAACCAGUUUUUAACAGCGUAAAUUCAGAACACUCAGAGUUACCGUUUGUCUGCUUUUGUUUCCUGUCUGUUCUCUGUGCCGCCCUCUUUUCUCUUGUCCUAGUGUCUACACUUGGGCAGCUGCCGAUGGCCGCUCUGCCAACCUUGGCCUCCUGAGAAUAGUUAGAGCCAAGACCCUAAAGAAGCACAAAUGAGUCUGGAACUUGAGGGGGCAUAUAACACAGAAGCUCCUGAAAGAGAGAGAGAGAGAGAGAGAGAGAGAGAGAGAGAGAGAAAGGCCCAUUUCAACAGUGUUUGCAGAAGUGGAGGACCAGAGAUGCCCAAGUCUCUUCGUCCUAAAUUCUGUUUUUAUUGAUGCAUACAGCUGUAAAAUGAGCUUAAAUUUUGUUUCUUAUUCUGACAUGGCUAAGGAAACUUAAUAAUACUUCUAUAUUAGACUUACUGUUAUCGCGUCUCAGCCUUUUGACUAAGAUCAAGUGUAGACUUAUUGUUCUUCAAAAUUAAUACUCAAGACAGCCAAAUCAGUGAAACAAGACCAGUAAGGUGAAGCUCCAUGGCUGUCGUUUAACCUUGGCCAUUUUUUCCCUGUCCAUUUAAAUGGCCUAGAACUCCCACUCUUAGAGUUGGUUUGGCCACAUGCUCAACACUCAUGAGGUUUUAGGCACCAUGCACUUUUGCUCAUUUGGACCCCUUCCUUAGAGAAUUUAAAAUUAUGUUUUAUAAUUGUGUUUUAUAACAUGACAGUAUUCACAUUUUAAUUAAAAUAUUCUUUUAAUUUAAAAAUUGGGUUAUUUUUCCUAAUAAAAUUAAGUAAAACGUUUGUUACACACCCUUUAAAAUUCUGAGUCUAGAUUGUGCCUGUGUUCUGAGAGGGUUGUUGGAGAAUGCAGACAGUGUUCUCCCUCCCUUACCACCACUCCGUUAUUUAUUGCCACUCCAGCCAGGGGUACUGCAGCUCCUACUAUCACAGGCCUGCACAUCUGAACUUCAUUCUUUCCCAUCCUAGCCAGAACUCAGUAUGGCUUAGAUCAUUCAUGGGAGGUGGGGAGUGCAGCAGCUAGAAAUCAGUAGAUAGGAAUUUUACUUUGGUUCCUACUUUUACAGCCUGUGUCUCACCUUCCCUUUUCUCUCAAACCCUCAUAUUCAUCCAUUCUCACAGCCCAUGAGUCUAAGAGCUUUCUGUCAUUUGCUGAAAGUACUUAAGCAGGCCCAUUCAGGACAUCCCGCAGUUGUUUAUGGUUUAGCAUUGGCCCGGGCGUCUCCACAGAAUGUUCCUCCUCAGGCUGGGGUAGGUGAGGUCUGUGACAUGCAGACUGUAAGCACAUGCAGUCGCUUCAUUUCUCAGGACAGAGAAAAUGGCAGCCUUGGCUUUCCAGUGAAAGCCAUCUACUGCCCUUAGUCUGCCUUCCCCGGGUGUGUUGCCGAGUCCUGGCGGAAGGAGCUGGAGAAGCCGAUAGAACCUGUAUGCGCUCUGCUCUGGCUCUGCUCUGUUGCUGCCCUUAGUCUGCCUUCCCCAGGUGUGUUGCUGCCCUUAGUCUGCCUUCCCCGGCUGUGUUGCUGAGUCCUGGCGGAAGGAGCUGGAGAAGCGGAUAGAACCUGUAUGCGCUCUGCUCUGGCUCUGCUCUGGUGCCAGCAGAAGGCACCCACACACACUCACAGUUUGCCAGCAGACAUCCCAUGUGGGUUUCUUCUCAUCAGUAGGGGAAGUGGCCACCCAAAUUUCCCUUGUUCUUCUUUACCAGCCAGGCACUCAGUCUGGUGUCACGUGACGCGGCACAGAGGAAAGCCGCUUCUCAGAAGUCUGAGAAAAGCACACACAUUGUGAUGAACAUGUACUCUAUCAGCAUUAUCAAACUUAACAAAGAAACUUCAUCUCUAGAACUGCAUCUCAAGCUUCCUGUUUGUUAAUAUGCUCUUAUGACAAUAUAUUUUGUAAUGUAUCCAGAGAAAUCAGAAUAGUGUGAUAUCCUUAUUUCCUGACCUUUUCUGAAAAAGUUUUAUGCAUGCUUUCAUUUCCUAUAACUUUGCUUCUGGUAUCUCUUUUACCUUAUUAUUACCCCACCAAAUCAGAAGGAAAUAAAAGCAUCCAAGAGGAACUUAAAAGGUUCUAAAUGAAACUAAACUUUAAACCUGAAAUUAAUUCACAGCAUCCAGGUAACUUAUUUUUGUCCUUUGCUGAUUCUGUCAUAUAUUCAUGUGACUUCCUGGGGAAAUGCCUGGUUUGUUGUCUCGGAGGAUCCUAGUAGCUUUUGAAGAAUUUGUUAAAUACUUUCUCACAGUUCAUAUUUCCUGUUUUAUAUAAUAUCAUAAAAUUGAGACCUGAGUGGUGGUGCACACCUUUAAUCCCAGAACUCAGAGGCAGAGGCAGGAGGAUCUCUACAGUUUGAGGUUAGCCUGGAACAAGACUGCUUAGUAAGACCCUAUCUUAAAAAUCAACAAAAUGUCUGUUUCAGCAUGAGUUCUAAAAUUGUAAUUAGAUUUUAUUUAGCCUGAUUUAUGUAAAUAAGUCUUUUAUAUUGCCUUUAAAUGUAUAGAUUGGAGUUAACUUGCACAGUUGUAUUGUAUAUAAGAUAUUGCAUGACCAUUAAUGAACUUGUUGCUGUUUUCCCACAAUGUUAACAGUUUUGUGAAUUUUUCACUAUGCAUUUACAGUGUUCUAUAACAAUGACUUAAAACUAUUUUAUACAUUUAAACAUUACGUUAUAUUGUAUAUAUCUACUUAAAGAGUAUUGUAAAUGUCAGUGUUUAUAAAAUUAUGACUUUCCCCAAAAUAUAAACUCAUCUUUCCAAACUAACUUGUGACAUAUUACAAAUACCGAUUUUAAGCUUUGACAUAUUAUCUUGUAGUGAAAGCUAAGAAGAAACAUGCUGUCAAGUAAAUGUAAGCAAAAUUUGAAAAUAAAUUUGAUGUCUUUGUAA